AUGAGAUUCUCUCAGUCGCUCUUUUUGCUAGCUGUAGCCGGGUCUGGAGCCCGAGCUAGCAGCGAUAAAACUGCCCGUCCUCGAGGUGUGGCUCCUGAUUUUGCCAAAUACUACCAGGACUCCAAAACAUUCACUUGUAUCUCCAAUCCCGCAAUCCAAGUUCCAUUUGCCGCUGUGAACGACGACUAUUGCGACUGUCCCGAUGGAAGUGAUGAGCCUGGUACCUCUGCAUGCUCACAUCUCUCGCACAAGUCGCCGCUCGACGUCGCCGAUCGAUUCGGAAGCACCGACGGCUCUGUCGCAAAUGCUCUCCCGGGAUUCUACUGCAAGAACAAGGGUCAUCGACCAGCUUACGUACCCUUCCAGCGAGUCAAUGACGGAAUCUGCGACUACGAGCUUUGCUGCGACGGCAGUGACGAGUGGGCUCGUGUCGGAGGUACCAAGUGCGAGGAUCGCUGCAAGGAAAUCGGCAAGAAAUGGCGCAAGGAAGAGGAACAGCGUCAAAAAUCAAUGACUACUGCACUGAGGAAGAAGCAGGCCUUGCUGGCAGAAGCUAAGCGUCUGCAUCGGGAGAUUGAGGACCAGACUACUCGCCUCGAGGCUGAGGUCAAGGAUGCGGAGGCCCAGGUUGGAGUUCUCGAGAACGAACUCAAGGCUGUUGAGGAGGCCGAACGUAGUAAGACUGUUCGCAGUGGUGGUAAAGGAAAGGGUAAAGUCAGCGCUCUGGUAGGCGUGGCCAAGGCUCGUGUGGAAGAGCUACGUGAUGCGCUUCUCGAGGUCCGUCAGCAGAGAGAUGAGGCCCAGUCACGAUUGGCGGAGCUCGAGAGUAUCCUGUCCAAGUUCAAGGUCGAAUAUAACCCGAACUUCAACGACGAGGGCGUCAAGCGCGCGGUGCGCAGCUGGGAGGACUAUGCAGCCCGUGACAAGACGGAAAUUGUCAACCAGGCGCGGGAUCGCGAUCUGACAGAGAUUGCGAAGACCGACAGCGAGAGCUCAGGAGUCGACUGGGAGCACUGGGAGAAUGAAGAUGAAGGCUGUAAAGAGGCCGACUUGAUCUAUCAACUCGCUGGUUAUCUGCCUCCGUCGGUCGUGGCAUUCAUCGAGGAAAAGUACCUCGCCUUCCGCUCGUUCCUCGAGACGAGCGGCUUCCUCGCCACCGCGCCCGAAAACAACAGUCCGACGGAAUCCAAGGCAGUCACCAAGGCUCGCGACGCUCUCAAAUCUCAGGAAGAUACUCUGAGAGAUCUGAACAACAAACUACGCGAUCAGCGGACUGAUCUUGAGACCGACUACGGCCCUGGAGGCAUUUUCAGAGCCCUCAAGGGUCAGUGUAUCUCCAGGGAUGCUGGCGAAUAUACCUACGAACAUUGCUUCUUCCAGGAGACCAAGCAAAUCUCCAAGAAGGGUGGAUCGUCUACUUCCAUGGGCAGAUUCAACAAAGUCGCCUCUACUGUUGUCGAGGAGCUCAAUGACGCGGGGGACAUUGUGUUGAUUGAAAAGGUCGCCAUUGAAUAUGAUCGUGGCCAGCACUGCUGGAACGGCCCGAACCGAUCUACCAAGGUUGUUCUCGAGUGUGGUGAGGAUAACGAAAUCUUGAAGACGGCAGAAGAUGAGAAGUGUGUCUACUCCAUGCUUGUGACUACCCCUGCGGUCUGUCCUGGCGGAGAAGAAAGUGUCGGUGCGUCUCCGUCGAAGGAUGAGCUGUGA